AUGGGAAUUAAAGAUCUUUCAAAGGUUAUCAACGACCAUGCACCAUCGGCUAUCAAACAAGGAGAAAUGAAGAAUUACUUUGGAAGAAAGGUCGCAAUCGAUGCAUCGAUGGCCCUUUAUCAAUUUUUGAUCGCUGUUCGACAAGAUGGUAGUCAAAUGCAAAAUGAAUCUGGCGAAGUAACAAGUCACUUGAUGGGCAUGUUCUACCGGACUAUUCGUAUGAUUGACAAUGGGAUCAAGCCAGCCUACGUGUUUGAUGGAAAGCCUCCAGAUAUGAAAGCUGGUGAACUUGAGAAAAGAAAGGAAAAAAGGGAUGAAGCUGAGAAGCAACUGGCUGAAGCAAAAGAAAAAGGCGAUGCUGAAGCAGUGGAUCGAUUUGAACGUCGUUUAGUUCGAGUGUCGAAAGAUCAAAAUGAAGAAGUUAAACGCCUUUUGCGUUUGAUGGGAGUGCCCGUUGUUGAAGCACCUUGCGAAGCUGAGGCUCAAUGUGCAGCGUUGGCAAAAGCGGGAAAAGUUUACGCAACUGCCACAGAGGAUAUGGAUGCGCUGACUUUUGGUUCAAGUGUUCUCUUGCGACACAUGACUUUCUCCGAAGCAAAGAAAAUGCCUAUUAAGGAAAUUAACCUUGCUCGUGUGCUCGCCGACUUCGAGAUGUCUCGUGAAGAGUUCGUCGAUUUGUGCAUUUUGCUUGGAUGUGAUUAUUGUCCUACUAUCAGGGGCAUUGGGCCUAAACGAGCCUAUGAGUUGAUCAAGGAGCACAAAUCGAUUGAGAACAUUCUAGCAAAAAUUGACACUAAGAAAUACGCAGUUCCUGAAGAUUGGUUGUACGCUCGUGCGCGUGAGCUCUUCUUGAACCCAGAAGUGGCCGAUGGUGAAAAUGUUGAGAUGGUUUGGAAAGAGGCUGAUGUAGAGGGCGUUGUUGCUUACUUGUGUGGUGAAAAGAACUUCAGUGAAGAACGCGUACGGUCAUCGUUGGCUAAAAUGAAAAAAGGACGCCAAGCUGGCCAACAAGGACGCAUCGAUUCAUUCUUUUCUGCGGCUAAAGUUGUGACUAGCGAGCCGGCUGCAAAGCGGAAAGCUGAAGACGAUAAGAAAGGCAUCAAGAAGCGAGGCCCACCAAUCAAAAAGUCAAAA